UCAUCUCCCAAAAAAAAGGUUCAAAACCCCAAGCCGUCGGUACCGUCGCCGCCGCCGCCGAGGGGAGCAAUGGAGCCCGUGGCGGCGGAGGAAGGAGAGGACCCACGGUGGAGGCGGAGUAACACCGAUUGCGUCUCCUUCCUCGCUUCCCGCUUCGCCUGCACCAAGGGGGCUAAUUGCGAGUUCCGGCACUGCGAGGGCGCGCGGUUCAACCAGAGCUGCUGGUACUGGUUCCGAGGCAACUGCGUCAACCCGAGCUGCACUUUCCGCCACCCCCCAUUGGAAAGCUUAAACCGAACCAAACCCUUGGCAGAUCCACUUGUUUCAUAUGCUUCUGCUUCUAUCAAGGCAGCUAAUCCUUGUUAUUUCUACUACAACUCGUAUUGUAAGAAAGGUGACAGUUGUUCCUUCCUACAUGAUCCUAUUACUCGUAACAAUGUCGGAAUUUCUUCUGAAGCUCUCACUUCUAAUCUUGCUAAAAAUAGCACUCCUGCUGGCAAUGAGAUGAUUGAAUCAUCGAAAGAUGCUCUUGUUAAUCCUUGCCAAGGCAGCCCUGACCGCACAAAGGAUCACCAGUCAGGACUUCCAGCCUCAAGCAGUCCCAAACAUAAUGGACUUAUUCUCAAUGCACCUCAAACAUCAAUUGAUACAGUGGGAUACAUGAAAAGCUUCACACUGUCUGAUCAGAGUUCAGGAGAUUCAGGGAUUGAACAUGCUGAAUAUGAUAUAUCGCGUGAUUCCUCCCCUGGGUUUGAUGUUCUUGUUGAUGACGGACUUUCUAACAUGAUUGAUCUUGAGCAUCAAUCCACACAAGAAAGGGACACAGAGGUGCUUCAUGUGAAACAUCAUGUUGGAGACUCCAUUGUUUAUGGUCUGGAUUAUUAUGAUGCAGAGUACAAUGAACAAGGACUUCGUGGCUUUGAGCAUGGCAGUUGUCUUGAUUAUUUUGAAGGAGUUCAAGGGCAUGACCGUGUGACCACUUCAGGACAUAUGUUGCAUAAUAGAAUAAAUCUUGUAAAUCCCUCUUGUGAAGAGCAUGUACCAAGAUUCUUCAAUCCAAGAAGCUUAAUGGACUCACAUGUUGGCUCUAAUCAUCAGAACUCUCAGAUUGGACACAUUUCAAAGCGACCACCUGAGAGAAGAGGUGCUAAGGGCAACAAUGGCCGCAAUAAGAGAUGUCGUAUUCAUGAAGCCAGGAAUGGUUCCGAAGAGAUCGACACUAGACCAACUCAUGACAUGCAAAAUUCAUUGAUAGGAGAUUGUUCUCGGCCUCUUGCCUGUGCAACCUUCAGAGGACAGAAGAAGAAGAGUAGAAAAAAACAACGUCAUGCUCGUUCUGCUGGACCAUCUAAAUAUUCUACUGCAAAUGUGAAGCACCUGGAUCCUGAAGAUUUUAUGGGUCCAAAGACACUUGCUCAGAUAAAAGAAGAGAAGUGUAGAUCCAAGUCAAGUGCUAGUCAUCCCACUGUUCACAUGCCUCAUGGGAGUGGGAGAUCGUCCUCAAAUGAUUUUGAGGGGCCUAAAUCUCUGAGUGAGCUUCUCAAGGUCAAGGGGAGGACUUCUGUUGAUAGGGAAUCAUGCUGUAGCAAGUAAUUACAACAUAAUGAACUUGGUCAGAACUCAGAAUGAUGUCAUUGACAGCCACUUUUGUUAUCAUAACAAACAACAUGGAAAUACUUCUGUUGAAGAGCAUGGAAAGUGUUGACAAUUCUGUGAUCUGCAGACAAAAUUGUUAACAUGAGUUUGACUGUGUGAAGAGGAGGAAGGUUCUAUUCUGAAAUUACAUUUACUUAUUUCCACGUUUAGCAGAUGACGUUAAACCUCCUGUUGUUUUGUGUUACUAAAUGCUAACUGUAAGUUAUGGCUUGCUGGAGAUGAAUCACGCUCUUGGAUUCCGUCCUUUCACUCCGUGAAACAGUGAUGAACCUUCUAUGUAGGUUUUCUUACUUAUGU